AUGUCUGGAGUCAACCCCGUCAACCCCAAGCCAUUCCUCCAAGAACUUACUGGAAAACCAGUCUACGUCCGACUAAAAUGGGGGCUGGAGUACAAGGGCUUUUUGGUUAGCACAGAUGGCUAUAUGAAUCUACAACUUGCCAACACGGAGGAGUUCCAGGAUGGUAAAUCAAACGGUGCGUUGGGCGAAGUGUUCAUUCGGUGUAACAAUGUUCUCUAUAUUAUAAGUCACCUUCUAUACUUUCACUAA